GUGGCCGGCUUCUUCUGCCCGGGUGGGGACGUCACUUCCGCCGAGUCCCUGACCUGCUGCUAGGAUCGCGACGGGAACUGGAGCCGGAGGUCCCCGCGCUGCCCGGGCCUGGCGCCCUGAGGGGAAGAGCGGCCCGGCCCGAGGGCGCUGGGGUGGAGACCUUGACUCCAGUCCCUUCGCUCGCCAUGACGGACGGGAUCCUAGGGAAGGCAGCCACAAUGGAGAUCCCCAUCCAUGGGAACGGUGAAGCUGGGCAGCUUCCUGAGGAUGAUGGGCUGGAGCAGGACCUCCAGCAGGUGAUGGUGUCAGGACCCAACCUCAAUGAAACCAGCAUUGUGUCUGGUGGCUAUGGGGGCUCUGGUGACGGACUCAUCCCCACAGGGUCUGGCCGCCAUCCAUCUCACAAUGCUACUCCUGCUGGCCCUGGAGAUGAGGUGGCUCGGGGCAUCGCUGGAGAGAAGUUCGACAUCGUCAAGAAAUGGGGCAUCAAUACAUAUAAGUGCACAAAGCAGCUGUUAUCAGAGCGAUUUGGCCGAGGCUCCCGGACUGUGGACCUGGAGCUGGAGCUGCAGAUCGAGCUGCUGCGUGAGACGAAGCGCAAGUAUGAGAGUGUCCUGCAGCUGGGCCGGGCACUGACAGCCCACCUCUACAGCCUGCUGCAGACCCAGCAUGCACUGGGGGACGCCUUUGCUGACCUCAGCCAGAAGUCCCCAGAGCUCCAGGAGGAAUUUGGCUACAACGCAGAGACGCAGAAGCUGCUGUGCAAGAACGGAGAGACAUUGCUAGGGGCUGUGAACUUCUUUGUCUCUAGCAUCAACACAUUGGUAACCAAGACCAUGGAAGACACUCUCAUGACUGUCAAACAGUAUGAGGCUGCCAGGCUGGAAUAUGAUGCCUACCGGACAGACUUAGAGGAGCUGAGCCUAGGCCCCCGGGAUGCAGGGACGCGUGGUCGACUCGAGAGUGCCCAAGCCACUUUCCAGGCCCAUCGGGACAAAUAUGAGAAGCUGCGGGGAGAUGUGGCCAUCAAGCUCAAGUUCCUGGAAGAAAACAAGAUCAAGGUGAUGCACAAGCAGCUGCUGCUCUUCCACAACGCCGUGUCCGCCUACUUUGCUGGGAACCAGAAACAACUGGAACAGACCCUGCAGCAGUUCAACAUCAAGCUGCGGCCUCCAGGCGCUGAGAAGCCCUCCUGGCUAGAGGAGCAGUGAGCCACUCCAGCCCAACCUGGCUAUCAAGAAGGACAUCGGGAGGGGUAGUCCCAGGGUGGGGGAGAUUUGGACAUGGGACAUCCCUUGCCACCUGCACUCUGGCUUGGGUUCCCUUUCCCUGGCUGGGGCCUGACAGGGGGCCUGCAAGCCCAGCAGCUGCAGCCCUGUCCUUUAUCUUCCUGGCCACUGGGCUUCAUUCCCAGAUCUUUUCCUUUCACUCCACAGCCAAAGGCUAUGACAAAACCACUCCCUGGCCAAUGGCAUCACUCCUCAGGCCUAUCCCCAGUUUCUGGGGUGUGCCCCCUGACCAAUGGCAGAGCCUCAAAAGGCCCUGUCAGCCAAUGGCAGCUCUUCUUGGGCUCCCCUGGGCCAAUGAUGUUGCCUCCAGUACCCUUUGUCCCUCCUCAAUGCGUGCCCAUUGCAGAGAAGGGGACUGGGACCAAAAGGGUGGGGAUAUGGGGAGCCCCAUUUUUGGCCGUGCAUCUGAAUGGGUCUCCCCUCACCUGCCCACCCAGUUUAAUUGUGCUUAGAGCCCUGGAAGAUUGGGACCUAGCACUAGGAAUAAACCUUUCAUAAAAGCAG